CCCAAAAAAAAUAAAAGCGAAAAAGGCAACCCGGAUGAGCACAUAGGCAAAAGCAAUCACGGCGUUGCAGUGGGUGGAGGAUGGAGAAGUCAGGCGAAGAAGAGAGAGGCGUUGUUCUACUGGAUCGUGCGUCUCGAGCGACGAGAGGCAAGAGACUCACGAAACUCCUCGACGAAGAAAUCCACGAAGACGACCUCUUCUGGAACCAGGACGCUCUCAAAGAAGACGACCACGACGAUAACUACCAAGAGGAGCCUGAAAUCGCCGAUGAAUUCGACUCUGACUUCGACGAACACGAGUCCGAACCCGACGAUCAGGACCCUCCGAUAAACGAUGUCGAUGAAAAAAUGCAUAAAAAGAAGCGACUCAUAUUUCCCGGGAAGAUUCUCGCCAAGAAGAAGAAGAAGAAGAAAAUCUUAUCCAAAUUGGAAAACUCUCCCAAGGAGGAGGAAAAUUCUCCCAAGGUUGCAGAGGAACAGCAUGAUGAUACUGGAGAGAGAAUGGUUCGGAAGUCCACCAGGACUUCCGUCAUUGUUCGCCAAGCUGAGAGAGAUGCCAUUCGUGCAGCACUUCAAGCAACCAUGAAGCCGGUGAAAAGAAAAAAAGAGGGUGCGGAGAAGAGAAUGACACAAGAGGAAAUGCUUUUGGAAGCUGCUCAAACAGAAAUUAUGAACUUGCGAAAUCUGGAGCGUGUUUUGGCUAGAGAGGAAGAAGUUAAGAGAAGAGCAAUUGUGCAUAAAACUGUUUAUAAUGGUCCACAGAUAAGAUAUAUUUCAAAAGAUGGUUGUUCGUAUUUAGAGUUUGCUAAAGGGGCAUCGUUUCAUUUUGAGAUUGCCACAACAUCUGUACAAUAUCCAGAGCAACCUGUUUGCACGAUUACUGGUUUGCCUGCCAAGUACCGUGAUCCGAAGACUGGGCUGCCAUAUGCUACAAAAGAAGCUUUUAAAAUAAUUCGAGAAUGCUUUUCGAAUGAAAAUGCUAACACUAGAAAGGAUAUGAGCAUGGGAGGCCUAUAUGAUUCAGUUUCUGGAUUUGGUUUUUCAAUUAAGCAAAAGAGAUCAAUAAUGCCAGAUAAAAAUGUAAAUCCAGAUGGUCGGUCCUUAGCUCGUUUUCGUAGAAUUCCUGCUUUUGAGGAUGAAGACUCUGACUAAAUUGCGUUAAAGGUGUGUGCAGUUGCAGCUAGCAAUGGUUCAACCAUAAAAUUAACGAUCAUGACGGUUCGAAGUGGACAACAACCUUACUCUGCGAUUAGAAACUUCGUCGGAGGGGGGGGGGUGUCAGAGACUCGUAACGGUUUGAGCUGCUCAUGACCAUUUAAUGUGCAAAAUGUUUGUAAUAUUUUUUACAAUUGAUAUGACCCCUCGAAGCAAAAGAUUCACAUUAAGGGGUAAAUUGCGAAGCAUUAUAUUCAUCCACGAGAAUACCAGAGAGUACAUUCAACCUUUCACAAUUUCUUAAACAUUAUGCCUUAAUGAAAAAAAUUGUGUUUACUUGAUCAAAUGCAU